GGCUAAUGUUAGAGCUAUGUCGGCAAUGUUGUUUGCAUGCAUAGUAUGACAAAUGCCACCGAUGACAACCGUUGGACAGAAGACAAGAACAUUUUCGGUUGCCUAGAUAUACAGGAUCGUCAGCUGUUCUUAAUCAGUAUUGGCCUAAGGCCCUUACCCUUACCCAAGUUGGCCCCUGUGAGCUCAUAAAUGACUUUUUACAUCGGCGCGGCGUGGUGUAAGCCCGAUCACGCCUGCGCAUAUAAACCCUUUCUCGCACAUGUACAGAUUUGUCUCGUGUGUGUGUCAGUCUGAGUGACUUACUGUGUUUCUCACACUACAGGUGGUGCCAGGGUUGGUACAGGAGGUACUACUGGUCUACGCUGGUCGUGUAUAGUCGUAACUGCCAAAACAAACGCUACGUUUUCGUCGCUUCACUGCUGUUGACAUCCCUGUAGGGCAAAGUGUACCUCAACACAUGGCUGCUAAAGGUAUCCGUUUACCGGGCCGUCUCCUGACGCCGAAGACCAUCAUUGCCCUGCUGACCCUCGCCUUGAUCGUCAUCCUGAUGAACGUCCGACUGGACGCUGUCGGGCCCGUGGCGCUCAAGUCUGUGCUCAGUCUUACCGGCGGAGGGUGCGGGCUGGUCAUCACCUGUCCCGACACCGUGCCCGUGGGCGCCGCUUUCCCCGUGAAGAUCGAGAUUGUCGGCGGGCGCAUCCGCUCCAUCCCCCGAGCGGAGGCCUCCGUGAGCGUCGGUGGGUCGCCGCCAGACUCCCCCGGUAGGACGGUGACGCUGUACUACGGCAUCGGCACCACCAACCUGUCCCUCCCGAGAGAGGGGGCGUGGGACGUCCUGGUGUCGGUCAGCGGGAGAUUGCCGUACUCCGCCGGCGGAAGAGUCGCGGACGAGUCGUGCACGGAACAGCUCUCGGUCAAGGCCGUGAACCUCGACGACCCGACCGUCGAGACGAGGAGACUCCAACGGGGAAACCUGAACAGCGCCGCGCUGCAGUGGACCAGCGGCUUCGUGGUGGUAGAGGGUGCUGUGACGGUACCGGCAAGCAGUCAGCUGAUAGUCAACCCUGGAGUCUUCGUUCUCAUGAAACCCGACGCGCGGAUAGAAGUUCUGGGCCAGGCAAAGCUUGGAACUAAAGAAGGGCAGCCCAUAGUCUUUACCAGCUAUCCCUCCGAAAGCGGCGAGACGAAGCCAUGGAACCAGCUGCUCUUCGGAAAGUACGCCAGAGGGUUACUGCAUAACACCUGGUUCCUGCAAGGAGGCGCAAGUGCACACUCCAACUUCGGUAACUUGGACAUCCAGAGGGUGAUACACGGGGAGGAAAGUUCGGAUAUCACCUUCGUUGGAGGAGGGAUCAUUGACAAUGUAGGCGGUGCCAUCGGUGGAGAACGUUGCAGACUCAAGGUACACAAUGCAGUAAUAUCCCGGUGUAACGGCGGCGGGUCUGUCCAGCAGGCCGUGGUGACGCUACAGAACGUCCACGUCACGGAGAUCGGCCAGGACCAGACCGGCUCCUCAGACCUCACCACCGACGGCUUCACCUUCUACUCCUCGCGGAUCACUCCGCCGGACAGCGAGUUCUCGAAGAUAUCCAACAGCGUGUUUGCAGUUGGCGGAGGACUGGGCAUUCACCACAAGGGGACCAACCUCGUCAUCGAGUCCACCAUCGUCGAGGACUUCCGGCGCUCGUGUGUCGUCACUUCCGGUGAGAAGUCUCGCGUGGCCAUCAGGAGCGCCGUCAUGCGGAACUGCCGCGUCGGGCUGCAGCAGAGCUACGGUCAGCCCAACGUCACCGUGUCCGACAGCACCGUGGUCAACAACGAGGUUGGGAUCUGGUACGGCGACGAGAACGUCGAAAACGGCGGGAAGCUUGAGCUGGAGAAUACCCUGGCCAUGGGUAACGCUGAGAAGAACCUGAAAGUCUAUAACAACGGAGUUGAGAGGGUUAACGCGGACCGGGGCUCGGAAAACGUGCGGCUGAAGUGCUUCUUCGUCAACAGCGAGUCGGUGAAGAGGAAGGCACGGUCCCAGUUCACCUUGGUGGAGAAGAAGUCCUCUCCGUGUCUGCAGCCGAAGAUCUCUCUCGAUCACCCCGACUGUAACAUCGCGCUCAGCCUGCCGCACGGAAAGUGCCUGUGGUCCGAGUAUAACCCAGAGACUUUGAGCGGUAUCAGGCUAGAGCGGCUGGACCUCUGCGAGAACUGUUGUAAAGAGACGUCAGAGUUGACGUUUGGAAACUUCGACCAUUGGCGGAUGCUGAACAUCCAGAACCGGAAGGGCGCUACCAUCCACACGGGACAGGUGGAGGAGACUAGGGAGGAAUGCGGUGUGUCCUUUGCCGCAGACCUGUACCAGUACACGGACAGUGACUGCCAGAAGAGCAAGGUCCAGCUCAAGUCUGUCUUCAGCAACAUCCUCCACUUUCAGGGAGAAAGCCAUCUGAGGGAACUCAAGGCGCACUACUUCGACCGAGUCAUGAAGACGUCCCUGACUCCACCAUCGUUCGGGAUGAUACUAGAUUUCUCCAACAUCAUGGACAAGAACGCGUCUGCCCUGGCAAGGGAAGACGUCGACUGCACGCUUAGCGACCGGAACGAGAACGGAGUGUCUGCCUUUGUAACGGCCUGGCUGCCAGACAUCGGCAUGUACACCCGCCUGUCCGUGCUCCUGGCCGACCUGGUACACCCAAAGAACUUCUUCACCUACGUGACGUUCCUGUAUCUGGCCAACUGCAUGAAGUCCGGCCACUCCCACUUCGCGGACAAGGAGACCAACAACUACGUCCUGAUUGACAAUGACCGCUGCCUCGUACCGGAGAGGGUUGCAUCAGGCGACAUGCCACCAGCAUACAGGUACCGGCUUGAUCGUCUGACGGACAUUCUCUUCACCAAGAGUCACGUCUGCAAAGUACCAGAGGAGAUGAUGGACAGGCUCAAACUCACCACUUCUGUUUCCUCGAAGGUCCCUAGUCUGGGAAUUCAGUUCAAGGACGAAGUUCUCGCUGACAAGGUCAUGGCGCCCCUACUGUUGAAGGAAGACCCGGAAAUCUACGAGGAGGUGGACGGAAGGGCGUCAACCCUGCUGGCCGAAUAUAACAGACUCUGUGAGAAUAACGACGCUGACAAGUACGACAACACACUAAGAAGCGUGUACAAGACUUCCCCCAUCAAGCACACCUACAUCGUAGAAGGACGGGACUACCUCCUUGCCAACUUUGCUGACGACGACCUCGCGUAUCUCAAAGUCGUCAGCGACGGCCCCAGACAACAAGUCGGCAAUCAGCUGUUCAACGGAGGGCUUGCCGAGCUGGUGUCGUACCACGUCGAUCGUCUGGUCGGGCUCGGUCGCGUCCCUGUCGCCGCAUCACGUCGUCUCGUUCUCGACGGGUCGAUCGCUCUGAAAGGGGUGAUAAACGCACAAGGCGAGGUCGUCCAGGACAUGGAGAAAGAUCACGCCACCCUCGGCCAGUACCUGUCGGACGUUCAGACUAAGAAGAUCCGAGCGAACAACAGUGUUGAGUGGAUAGCCAACCAGCUUCGCCACGAGCCGGCCGAGAAAAACCCCGUCCUCGACGUCAUAGUCGUCGGGAAGAUCAAGGAUCUGAAGCAGAACAUCAAGUUCAGCAACCAUCAUGUCAAAAACUUCCUGAACCACGACGCCUGGUUUAGCGACCUCAAGCGUUUGGGCAUCACCCGACAGAUGACGUGGGACAUCAUGGACAUGCAUCUCCUCGACUUCUUGUUGCACAAUCCUCACAGGACAACGUUUGCCACGUCGGAGCUCCGGUUGGUCUCGCACGACAACACUCGCGCGUUUUCUCCAGAUAUCGGGAGCAAAGUGUGUGAACCGCUUCUGCGAUGUCCUCCCGUGUUUUACUCGUCAAAAGAAGACGGGGAGCCGGAGAAGUCGGGCUGUCCGGAGAGCUGUCCUGUCGGCAUAGACGAUGAAGACAACAACCAAAACUGUCGCUUCAGGAGAGGAACGCUGGAGCGCAUUCGUAAAGGAGCUAUGGAUGCCUCUACCGAAAAAGAAAGUUUGGUUGCAGUCGGGUUCGCCGCCCUGGUGAAAUGGAAAUAA